ACUAAAUUAAAAGGUCUUGAUGUAAAGCAAAGCAUGUUGUAGUUUCCAUUGAUUUUGAUAUCUGAGGCAAAGCAAAAAGCGCAUUCUCUUUCUGCACAAACCCCACCACCCUCCUCUUCCUUCGAUUCUCAUUUCACUGAUAACUCAGCAAUUUAUGUUUGCUGCGAUAAGCACAAAAUAAAACUGAAUAAAAUUGGUGCCUUUUGCUUGUAAAUUAAGGUUGAUUUGAUUCUUAUUUCUUACACUAUUGCCCUUUUUCUGCAAGCACGGGUCUUCUUCACCUUGUCAACUCAAAACAAUUCUUUCUCUCUCCGAUCAUUUCUUGUUGAUUGGUUCUUGAUUGCGAGAUUUUCUCCGCUUUGAAAAAUAUUAAUUCUAUAUUAGUCAGAACCCCUUCAUUUCCGUUAGCUUAAUGAUUCAAGUUUAUUCAACUGCCAUUUGGGGGUUUAUUUCUCUCUCUAAAUAUGCGGGAAACUCUUUUGAAUCUCUUCCAAAAAUCUUGAUAAUGUUUGAUUUGAAUGGCAUGAAGGUUGUUUUUAUUUGUGGAUUUAGUAGCUCUCUUCAAGCCUAAGUUUUUAUCAGGACUUUCCGGUGGAAAAUGGGUUGUAUUCAGUCGAAAUGCUGCCGGAAAUACGCGGCAUCGUCUGACAGAGAUAACGAGGAGGGUCAGAAUGCUCAUGUUAUUGCAAAUUCGUUUCUUGAUGUUGUUGAUGUUCCUUCUCAUAAUUUCAACUUGUCUUACUCUGUGAUUAGCCAGCGUGGUUAUUAUCCCGAAACCCCUGAUAAGGAAAACCAAGAUAGUUUUUGUGUGAGGACUAAUAUUCAGGGUAACCCCAAUGUGCACUUCUUUGGUGUGUUUGAUGGCCAUGGUUUGUGUGGCACGCAGUGCUCGAAUUUUGUUAGGGAUAGGCUCGUUGAGAUGCUGUCGAAUGAUGCUGCGUUGUUGGAUGAUCCGGUCAGGGCUUAUAGCAACGCUUUUCUAGCGACUAAUGAGGCGCUUCACGAUAGUGAAUUUGAUGAUUCGAUGAGUGGCACUACAGCCAUUACUGCUCUUGUGAUCGGGGAUAAGCUGUAUGUGGCGAACGUGGGUGAUUCAAGGGCAGUUUUGGCUGUUAGGGAAGGGGAUCAGGCCGUUGCACAUGAUUUGUCAUAUGACCAGACACCGUUCAGGAAGGAUGAGUGCGAGAGGGUGAAGGUGUGUGGGGCUCGGGUUUUGAGCGUUGAUCAGGUGGAAGGGCUUAAGGAUCCUAGGAUUCAGUCGUGGGGGGAUGAGGAGACCGACGGAAAUGAUCCUCCGAGGCUGUGGGUGCAGAAUGGGAUGUAUCCUGGGACUGCAUUCACACGGAGUGUUGGUGAUAACAUGGCGGAGAAGAUAGGUGUUAUUGCUGAUCCAGAGGUUGCUACGCUGCAGCUUACAUCGUCUAGCCAUCCUUUCUUUGUCAUUGCGAGUGAUGGAGUUUUUGAAUUCCUAUCCAGCCAGACGAUUGUUGACAUGGUUGACAAAUAUACGGAUCCCAGAGAAGCUUGCUCUGCCAUUACCGGUGAAUCGUACAAGCUGUGGUUAGAGCAUGAAAGUCGAACGGAUGAUAUAACAAUGAUCAUUGUACACAUUAAAGACUUGAAUACUGGUAUAAAUCACUAUACUUCUAGUGGGUUUCUUCAUUCUUAAUGUAUCAGAUUUGCUUUGGUUAGUUGGGGAAAUAUUUUGGGUGAUUGUGAGAAAUGUAAAUUAUUCUUAUUCAAGUCUAAUAGCAUUGGUUCUACUAAACCAAGUGUUGGCAAAUGCUGGAAAGUGAAUAUCCAAAUAGCAACUCCUGUCAUCUACUACUAAAUCUAUUCGAGCCUUCUUGAUUUGGAACCAUUAUUUCAUUUGCCUCUUGGAUUUUUUUUGAAUUGCAAUAUACAUGUGUUUAGAAGCCAUUGAUGACCAUGGUUGAAAGCUCUCGAAAUCCAUUUGAUUCAGAUAGAUAGAAUAAAUUGUUAAAAAAAAAACAGGCCCUUGACAACUGCUGCUACUCUCGUAUGUUAUUUUGCCAGUAUUUGCCAUUAAUCAAAAUAUGCAGAAAAUCAUGUUAUAAAAUCACUUGGAAAGGCUGCAACUAUGCUUGACAUUCAUCUUCUUGAUUCUU